AUGGGAGACCGGGCCCAGACACCCCCUGGUGCGCUUAGCACUAAUGAUAUCAACAGCGUGUCAUUGUUUCAGUCGAUUAACGAUUGGUGGACCACCUCCUCCGCCCUCAUGAAGCCUACCGAAAACACUCCAGCAUACCAAACAGCAAGAAUAAAAAACCUCCUCAUCGAGUAUGACCUCUACAUGGCUAUCCUCAGUGAUGACAUAAAGAUUAACAAGCCUGGAGAACUUCCCAAAUACACCCAAGAUGGGAUAAUUGUGGGUUCUUUCAAAGACACAGAGUUGGAAGAUGGUAACUUUAUUCACGAGUUCAACCUUGAAAACAGACACGGUGCACCAUCUGAAACCAUUGUCAUAAUGCAUGGUUACAUGGCGGCGUCAGGGUACUUUGUGAAGAACUUCGAGGCGUUGGUGAAAUCAAAACCAGGACUGAGACUUCAUGUGAUUGACAUGCCUGGAUUUGGUAACAGCUCCCGACCCAGAUUUCCCAGCGAAUUGUUGCAGAACUACCCUGAUAAGUAUAAUCAAAUCAACCAGGUAUUGGGGGUAGAAAACUGGUUCAUUGAUAAGUUUGAACAGUGGAGAAUUGCAAAUUCCAUUGACAAGUUCAAGCUCAUUAGCCAUUCGAUGGGCGCAUACUUGAGUUGCUGCUAUCUUGCCAAGUACAAUUUUAACCAGGUGUCUGAGUUUCUUGUGGUGAGUCCAAUGGGUACCGAAUCUAAUUACACCAGUUUACUCAACUCCAAGGACCUACAGGUGAACCACCAUGAAUUAGGAGGUAGGCCGUUGGAAGAAUUAGUCCAGCAGCAGCUGGAGAAUGGAGAGGUCCAUGACAAUGAUGAGUUGACCAAGUUAUGGGAAAGUUUGGGUAGACCCAAGUUCCCCGAAAACUUGGUGUUGAAAAAGCUAUGGGAAUGGAAAAUUAGUCCGUUCCAAUUGCUCCAGUUGUUUGGUCCAAUGUUCUCCAAGUUCUUGAGUUUAUGGUCGUACCAGAGGUUCAGAAACUUGAAGGACUCGAAUGGUGAGACCAACCAUGACCUUCUUUUGAAGUUGCAUUACUAUUCUUACUCGAUUUUCAACCAGUAUCAAGGUUCAGGUGAAUUAGCUAUAACCAAACUCAUCAACCACGAAAUUUUACCUAAAUUGCCGUUAUGUGAUCGACAGAUAGCAGAGUUUUUCACCGAAAACAAAAUCAAGACCCUCUGGUUAUACGGUGAGAAAGACUGGAUGAACUUCAAGGGUGGAGAGUACAUCUAUAAGAAGUUGAAGGAGUUGGGUGCAGAUGCUGAAUUUAAAAUUGUGGAAAAUGCUGGCCACCAUAUUUACCUUGAUAAUCCAGAGGAGUUCAAUAAAAUUGCCUUGAACUUUUUCGACUUAUAA